GUUGUAAGUAUAAGUAAUAAUCAAGUGUGGUAAUGUUUUGUUGAGUUUGAGGAAAUAAAAAACAAUAUGUAGUUUGUGAAAUUAACAAGAAAAUAUAAAAAAACAUGGCCUCCACGAAUAACAGUAUUAGUGGCUCAGUUGAGGAACUAAGAGAAGAUGUACCACUAAAACGUACCGGAGCCAAAUCAUACAGUUUCUGGAAGUGUUUACAUUAUCGAAAUGCAGAUUGUUUAACUGGAAUUGGAUUAGUGUAUACAGUUUUCACAACAAUAUCUAUUUCUGUAACAUUUUUAUUAAUGUUACAAAUAUAUUAUGGGGCACAUCAGAUUCUACCACAUGGAAAUGUAGUUACGGAUAAUGCAGAAUGUUCUUCAAUUGGAACUCUUAUAUUAAAAAAAGGUGGAAAUGCUGUAGAUGCAGCUGUAGCCGCUACCAUUUGUAUGGCAGUAGUAAAUCCGCACACCACAGGACUUGCAGCUGGUGGGAUUUUUAUGACAUACAACCAUAGAACACGCUCAUUACCUGAAGUCAUCGAUUUUGGACCAACAAUUCAAUUGGACACAACUACUUUGCCAAGACUCAUCAUUGGUUUAGGCUUUGCUCAUCGUUUAUAUGGCAAAUUGCCGUGGGUAGUUAUUGUGAGACCUUCGGUGAAUUUAGCUCGAAAUGGAUUUAUUGUACAAAAGACAUUAUCAACAGCAAUCGAAAUGUCUAGGGCGUUUGAUUUGUAUGGAACACCACAACCUGGGCAACGCAUGGAACUAACAACAUUGGCAUACACUUUAGAAGUUUAUUCUAAUAUUACAGCUGAUCAAUUUGAAAAUUUACUUGAAUCAAGUAAUAAGCCCAGUAAAGAAUAUGCAAUCAAUUCAACAUUUGCAAAUUACAAUGUAUAUGUACCAAAUUCACCAACCAUUGGGCCUGUCUUAUUGACAACUUUAAAUAAUAUAAAAAAAUAUAAUUUUACAAAAGAUGAUACCACAAAACCAGAAUAUACAUAUCGUUUAGCUGAAAUUAUUUUAAAUACUUAUGCUGAAUUAAAUAUUACAAAACGUUUAUAUGAAGUUACGGCUUCCGUCGUCACUGUCACAGAUAUGCAAGAUAAUUAUGUGUCAAUUGUAACGGGAUUAAAUGGUAUGUUAGGUUCGAGUCAUAUGAGCCUAGCGGGUUAUAUAACAGAUAAUGCACCGGUGGUAACUGGUGAUUUAGAAACGUCGUUUAUGCCUGUUAUAGUGACCGAUUCAAAAUUUAUUUGUGGUAAACGUAUAAUAUUUGGUACUGGUGAUGCCUCGUUGGCUGUGCAAAUUCUUUCAGAAUUAUUAAUCGCUGAUAAAAAUAUUACUGAUAGUAUAGAAGCGUCACGAUUUAGAAUUUUAGGUGAAAAAGAAAUUGGUAUUGAAGAACAUUUUAUACCAAAUUUUACUGAAGAAGUGAUGACAUACUUAAAUACAAUUGGUAAUUUAACUAGUUUAUCCGAACCAUAUGAUGGAAUAAAUAGCAUUUUGCUACUUGGCGAUAACUCUGAUGUACAUUCAGAUACUCGAACAGGUGGUCUUCCUAGCCAAUUGUAAGGAAUUUAUUUAUUUACAUAGUUAGGUAUAUUUAUGAAAUGACAACAUAAUUGUGAUAAAACUAGAGGCGUAGUUAUAUUUAACCUGUCUCUGGAUAAAACUAACCAUACGGAAAUAUGAAAUAAGUACUCUAAUAAUAUUUGUUUUGUACCUUAAUUUGUAAA